AGAUACUGUGUACCCGACGAAUAGAAUGGUUUCUUCCAGCUCAAGGCCUGGAGGAGACGGGAGGAAAAACACUGAGCUUUUAGAGACACAACGUGGAUGAAGUACUUUAACUACUUACGUAACGUUGUAUGCUUUUAUCAUGAACUCUACCCUCAUUUUGAAGUUCUCGAUGAGCGCAAGGACUAGACUAGGCCUGGAGUAGCCUGGAGCAGACGUCUUCAGGCGAGAACACUGACUGGGAACGCACCGAAAAUAUGGUUCGAGAUAAACAACACAACUGUUGAGAGUAGAGCUGUUGCGGUGUUUACCGUUACAUUUUUGGUCAUAACUGUUUCAUGCAUGUUGCCUUUAUAGUGGUACAAAAUCAUCACGUAAAUCCUGUCUGAUGAAGUCAGUCUACUUAAAGUAUAUGUAUUACGUAAGCUUAAAACUGAGGUAGCCAUAUUUAUAAAUUAUGGCCUCGACGGACUCGCAGUCACCGGGUCAUUCUCACAUGACGUCUCAGUCUUCAACUGACGACGGUGAAGUCUUCGAGGAUUAUGAUGGCUACACGAAAAGGCGGUCCUCGUCUGUGUUUUUGGAGAGACUCAUUCGUUCAGGGACGCCCUUAGGUUAACUUUGAGCGGAGUAGGGUUGUGUCGGAGGCCAAGUCACAAGGAGAAGAGUGGAUGAGGCGUUACCUGCGACAGGAGAUAGAACGGGCAGGGUUCCCAGUUCCAAGGCCAGCUAUGAUGUCUGUGGACUCACGCCAAUCAUCAGGAGCAGAGGAGAAUGCACAAUCACAACAUUCUGAAGCAGCUCUUCUUGCUAUAGAUGUGGAAACCUUGACUCACCAGCUGACAUAUCUUAUCAAGAAAUAUGUCUAUGUCUGUAAAGGAGAAAGGGAAAAGCUUUGGCAGAAAGCUGCUCUGGAAACCCAGAGAGAGAACAGUGCAAGAAAUAGUUCAGAGUUUGCAGAAGAAAUGAGGAGCCAGCUGUUUAAGAAUGGCAUCAACGUGAAGAAGAUCAUUGUCCUGAUUAUCUUUUGUCGGGACUUGACCAUCGCACACCUGAGACAAGGCAGGAAGGGGAAGGCAGCAGAUAUUGUGAGCUGGUCAGUCAGGUUCAUCGGAAACUGGGUGUCAGACUGGGUGGCACCAAACGGUGGAUGGGCCAAGGUGCUGCAGCCUCCUGAAUGCCAGACCAACCGGCUUCUGUAUACUGCUGCAACAGUUCUACUGCUCACAUGUGCUGCUGUCGGACUGGGAGUCCUCUUCCAACACAAAAGACUUCAAUGAUGAAUAAUUGCAUGAAGCCCAUCCUUCCCAAAGAAAAUGUGCAAUACUGCCCCUCAUGUUGACAUUCAUUGGGAAGAAAUGACCAAGAUGUAAAGGCUCAAUGCUAGAGAGCUUGCAAUUGAUGUCUGUAAGUUUCUUAUUGUGUGCACGUAACAAAAAUGUGCAAAGUGUAUCUAAAUAUCAUAUUGUAUUUAAAAUAAACUAUAAUGAGAGUAAUUCCUUAUUGAGGCAAUGAGAUAAAUUUUUAGGAUGGAUGUAAUAUCAACAACUCAAUCAAUCUCAGUCAUUAUAAUUGUCAUCUUCAGUCGACUGUACUACCAAUAUGGAUGUACUAAAAGUACAUGAACAUAUAUAUGUAUAUUGCAGAUGAAACCAAAACAGGGCACUCUCAAGACCAAUUUUUUAUCGUGUCAGUGAGCACUGAAUGUGUGAAAAAUUUUAAGCACCCAGGGGCCUGGAAAUUUUUGAAGUACUUAACCUUCUGCAAUAUCAUAAUGUUUCAACUUAUACAUGUAGCGAUGUAUAUCAUAUUGAAGAUGUAUUUGCUAUGCUACUAUUCAUUAUUGCCAUUAUUCUUUCAAGACACACAAAGCAAUUAUUGCAAUGGGAGAAAGUUAUAUUGUACACACAGGAACAAAAAUUGCAGGUGAGCUGGAUGAUGAUAUGAGGAAAUUAUUCACAAGUGACAAAGUAAAAAUGCAUUUGUAGACCUUU